AUGCCUCGUUCCCAAGAUUUCAAUGUGUGGUACCUCGAUGUCAUUUCCGAGGAUGAGCUCGCUGAUUACGACCAUGUUCGUGGUCAACCUCCUCAUGCCUUGGUUACUUUUGGUUUUGGUGGGAAGUUGAUUGUGAUGAAGGAUACAAAUGGUUCCAUAUACCCAUUGAAAAUCAGGAGUGAUAGUGAGUUCCACCCUCAAUAUGGUGUCAUUAAAAUGACCAAGACUGGAUCCGACACCCGCACCAAUAAAACCAAGAAACAAAGAGUUCCUAAUAAGAAUCAUAAUUUUACAAACAAUGAUGUUGAAGAUAAAUCUAUGAAGUUACACUGCUAUAUGGACACAAGAUCCUCCGUUAGACAGGGUGUUCUUUCUCAGAGGAGAUCUAGCUUUCGGGGUAACCAAUUCCCUCUAGCAGUUGAAGCUGCUAGAAAAGCUCCUAUUCGCAGUAGAAACUUCAUGCGGAAUCAACCAAUGACUUCAUAUAGACCAAGGCAACAAUUGAACUACUCACAUCCUGUCUUCCCAUUGAAAAUCAGGAGUGAUAGUGAGUUCCACCCUCAAGAUGGUGCGGGUGAUUGGUUGAACAUGUCCUGCAAGAUUAAGCUUUGGGAAUUGGUGAAUGCACUUGUGAAGAUUUCACCCGAAUUUGGGGGAUCGAACAAGCUCUCCCAGCUCCUAUGA